AUGCACGUUCGUGUAUCGUCUGGCCGGUUCCUAGGGUACUUAGUGACGCAUCGAGGCACACCACGCCAAAUCAAAGCCAUUCUCGAGAUGAAGUCGCCUUCCAAAGUGAAGGAGAUACAAAGCCUGACGGGCAGAGCAGCGGCCCUUAACAGAUUCCUCUCAAAGUCUACCGACAAGUGCAGACCAUUCUUCAAAGCUUUGAAGAAAGGACAAAAAGACAAAUGGGACGAAGAGUGCGAAGUAGCUUUCCAGAAUCUAAAGACCUACCUUACUUCACCUCCCCUUGCUCUCAAAGCCAGUUCCUGGUGA